AGAGACCGUGGAGGUACACGUCAGUGUAGUAAAGUGCGGACUGCGGCUGAGGGAGUGAUCCGCUCACCGACCGACGUCCUUCUGCCUCCAUCUCCACACCCGCCGGCCUUUCCCCUCCAAAUGCUCUAGCUCGUUUGGGAGAGAUUACUCCGUCUGUACUGUCCACUCCCGAGGGAACAUAAAGUAAAAGAAGCACUGUGAUGGCGACCUACCAGGAGUUCAUCCAACAGAAUGAAGACAGGGAUGGGGUUAGGUUCAGCUGGAACCUGUGGCCCUCCAGCCGUCUGGAAGCUACCAGGCUGGUGGCCCCGGUCUCCUGCCUCUUCACACCCCUCAAGGAGAGGCCCGACCUGCCACCGGUCCAAUACGAACCAGUUCUGUGCAGCCGGGCCAACUGCAAGGCAGUGCUUAACCCACUGUGUCAAGUGGACUUCAGGGCAAAAAUAUGGGCGUGCAACUUCUGCUUUCAAAGGAACCCUUUCCCUCCCUCUUACGCAGGCAUAUCAGAAGUGAACCAGCCAGCUGAACUCAUGCCGCAGUUUUCCACCAUUGAGUACAUAGUGCAGCGUGGACAGCCAACACCUCUGAUCUUCCUGUAUGUGGUGGACACAUGUUUGGAAGAGGAGGACCUUCAGGCCCUCAAGGAGUCCCUGCAGAUGUCCCUCAGCCUGCUGCCACCCAAUGCCCUGGUGGGCCUAAUCACAUUCGGACGCAUGGUCCAGGUCCAUGAGCUCAGCUGUGAGGGGAUCGCCAAGAGCUACGUGUUCAGAGGCACAAAGGACCUGUCCGCCAAACAGAUCCAGGAGAUGCUAGGUUUAACGAAGCCCGCAGCAUCAGCACAGCAAGGACGCCCACUGGCCCCUCAGGACACCGCAGCCUCUUGCAGGUUCCUGCAGCCUGUGCACCGGGUCGAUAUGAAUCUGACAGACUUGCUCGGUGAACUUCAGAGGGAUCCCUGGCCCGUCCCUCAGGGCAAACGUCCACUCCGCUCCACUGGUGUCGCACUGUCUGUUGCUGUCGGCCUGCUCGAGGGAACAUUCCCCAACACAGGGGCUCGUGUGAUGCUGUUCAUCGGCGGGCCACCUACUCAGGGCCCUGGCAUGGUGGUGGGCGACGAGCUGAAAACUCCCAUCCGCUCCUGGCACGACAUCCAGAAGGACAAUGCUCGUCACCUCAAGAAAGCCACCAAGUAUCAUGAAGCCUUGGCCAAUCGCGCAGCAGUAAAUGGCCACAGUAUCGAUAUCUACGCUUGUGCCCUGGACCAGACUGGACUUCUGGAGAUGAAGUGUUUAUCUAAUCUCACCGGGGGCCACAUUGUGAUGGGAGACUCCUUCAAUACUUCGCUGUUCAAGCAGACCUUCCAGAGAGUCUUUAGCAAAGACUACAAUGGCGACUUCCGCAUGGCCUUUGGAGGUGUCAUGGAAGUCAAGACGUCAAGGGAGCUGAAGAUUUGCGGGGCCAUCGGACCAUGCGUUUCACUCAACUCCAAAGGCUCCUGUGUUUCAGAGAACGAGAUGGGCGUCGGUGGCACGAGCCAGUGGAAAGUGUGCAGUCUCACCCCCUCCACCACUUUGGGCCUUUACUUUGAAGUGGUCAAUCAGCACAAUGCACCAGUCCCCCAAGGUGGCCGAGGGGCGAUCCAGUUUGUAACCCAGUACCAGCACUCCAAUACACAGAGAAGGAUACGAGUCACCACCAUCGCCAGGAACUGGGCAGAUGCGCAGUCCCAGAUUCAGCACAUCGAGUCGUCAUUCGACCAAGAAGCGGCCGCCGUGCUCAUGGCUCGCCUGGGAGUCUUCAGAGCCGAGUCGGAGGAGGGACCUGAUGUCCUGCGUUGGCUCGACAGGCAGCUCAUCCGCCUGUGUCAAAAGUUCGGCCAGUUCAAUAAAGAUGAUCCUUCAUCCUUCAAACUGUCAGAGUCUCUGUCCCUCUACCCACAGUUUAUGUUCCACCUGCGGCGGUCGCCCUUCCUGCAGGUGUUCAACAACAGCCCAGAUGAGUCGUCCUAUUACAGGCACCACUUUGUCAGACAGGACCUCACCCAGUCCCUGAUCAUGAUCCAGCCCAUCCUCUACUCCUACUCCUUCCAUGGACCACCAGAGCCGGUGCUCCUGGACAGCAGCAGCAUCCUGCUAGAUCGAAUCCUGCUCAUGGACACCUUCUUCCAGCUGGUUAUCUACCAUGGAGAGACUAUAGCCCAAUGGCGAAAGGCGGGCUACCAGGAAUUGACGGAGUACGAGAACUUCAAACAGCUGCUGCUGGCUCCUCUGGACGACGCCCAGGAGAUCCUGCAGACGCGGUUCCCCAUGCCGCGCUACGUUGACACGGAGCAUGGAGGCUCACAGGCUCGCUUUCUGCUCUCCAAGGUCAACCCAUCACAGACCCACAACAACCUCUACGCCUGGGGACAGGAGACUGGAGCCCCGAUCCUCACUGACGACGUCAGCCUGCAGGUCUUCAUGGACCACUUGAAGAAGCUGGCAGUCUCCAGCUCUGCGUAGACGCCUCUACUGCACCACAGCAGAAAGGAGUGAUACGACAUUCCUCUUCUGACAACGGGAUCCAUUAACAUUUCCCCCUUUUCUUUGUAAAGGAGCCAAACCCCAGAGUGCUCUUUCUCGAGUCAUGUGACAUUGCCGUCACGCAAGGAACAUUCCUAAUGAGAAAACCUCCACUCGUUUUCUAACGUGUUAUUAUGAGAAAUGGCUCCGAUACUCCUGCACCAAGCUGUCAUAAUGAAAGCAAUAUAAAAAGUCUUUAUUUCUAUUUUAUAUUUGAUAUCACCUCUGACAUGCAGAAUGAUUAGACAAAUAAUUUAAUGUCUUCUCUUUGUUUGUUUGUCCUAAUACAUGUGUCUACUGCAUCAGACCUGGUUGAAGGUGCUGUUUAAUGCAAUGCUAAUGUGUUCGCUUUGUCUAUAGCUAAAGAUGGCAUUUUUCUCAUUAAUAAAUUAUAAUGGUACCUCUGAUGCUGGUGGAGAAAUGUUCGCACGCAGAGCUUGUCAGGUCUGCACACCGAUUGCUUGUUAAUCAUAGCUUGUUUAAAAGAAAACCCCACUUGUCUUAAAAUGUUAUCAAGAAGAAUUGCGAAGAAUAAUGUGUGAUUACUGUUCUGAGAAUUGAAAGUCAAUCACUUCGACUCUGCUUUCAAUGACGAACUUUGAGAUUUAUUUUUAACAGUAGUUUGGUCCACUCGUCCCCACUCAUUCACCAUCUGGUAUUUGUCACCCAAUGACUGCCCAAGUGUCUUUGUAAUCAAACUUUAAUAUACUGUAGGACUGUGUACAAGUGACAGUUGUUUGAUUUAAAUCCUGUCUGGAUUCUUAAAGCUAUCUAUAUAAAGAACACGGGGAAACAGA